CUCGGCGCCGCGGCUCUCUGCUCCUCCCCGCUGCGCCGCACACUCUUCCGCGCUCUCUCGCCGCCGCUGCCGCCGCUGGACCGAAGGGACCGUCCUGGCUCCACGGCACAGCCGGUCCGCGAGGACUUUGCAGCCUGCCGCCCCUCGCCAGUCCGAUCGCCGCGGCCACCUGCGCACCGAUGGAGCUCGACCACAUGACGAGCGGCGGCCUCCACGCCUACCCCGGGCCGCGGGGCGGGCCAGCGGCCAAGCCCAACGUGAUCCUGCAGAUCGGUAAGUGCCGGGCCGAGAUGCUGGAGCACGUGCGGAGGACCCACCGACACCUGCUCACCGAGGUGUCCAAGCAGGUGGAGCGGGAGCUGAAGGGGCUGCACAGGUCGGUGGGGAAGCUGGAGAGCAACCUGGACGGCUACGUGCCCACCGGCGACUCGCAGCGCUGGAAGAAGUCCAUCAAGGCCUGCUUGUGUCGCUGCCAGGAGACCAUCGCCAACCUGGAGCGCUGGGUCAAGCGGGAGAUGCAUGUGUGGCGGGAGGUCUUCUACCGGCUGGAGAAGUGGGCCGACCGCCUGGAGUCCAUGGGCGGCAAGUACCCGGUGGGCAACGAUCCGGCUCGCCACACCGUCUCCGUGGGCGUCGGGGGUCCGGAGGGCUACUGCCAGGAGGCGGAUGCCUACGACUACACCGUCAGCCCCUACGCCAUCACCCCGCCGCCUGCCAGCGGCGAGCUGCCCGGGCAGGAGCCCGUGGACGCCCAGCAGUACCCGCCCUGGGGGGCCGGUGAGGACGGGCAGCCCAGUCCUGGUGUGGACACGCAGAUCUUCGAGGAUCCGAGGGAGUUCCUCAGCCACCUGGAGGAGUACCUGCGACAGGUGGGCGGCUCCGAGGAGUACUGGCUGUCGCAAAUCCAGAACCACAUGAACGGGCCGGCCAAGAAGUGGUGGGAGUUCAAGCAGGGCUCUGUGAAGAAUUGGGUUGAGUUCAAGAAAGAGUUCCUGCAGUACAGCGAGGGCACACUGUCCCGGGAGGCCAUCCAGCGGGAGCUGGACCUGCCGCAGAAGCAGGGGGAGCCGCUGGACCAGUUCCUGUGGCGCAAGCGGGACCUGUACCAGACACUCUAUGUGGACGCCGAGGAGGAGGAGAUCAUCCAGUACGUGGUGGGCACCCUGCAGCCCAAGCUCAAGCGCUUCUUGCGCCAUCCACUGCCCAAGACCCUGGAGCAGCUCAUCCAGAGGGGCAUGGAAGUACAGGACGGCCUGGAGCAGACGGCCGAGCCCACGGGCCCCCGCCUCCCCACUGAGGACGAGGCCGAGGCGCUCACGCCAGCCCUCACCAGCGAGUCUGUCACCAGUGACCGGACCCAGCCCGAAUAGAGGCCAGCCCGGGCCCCAGCCUGCCCACCACACCCCGCCUGUGGCCUUUGCCAACCAGGACUGUCGAGCUGGGCUGACUCCUGCACAGGGGAGCCCCUCAUCCUCACCUGGCUGGGCACCCGCCCUCAGCCUCCCAGCCUGACUCACACAGACACAUGUCAUCCAGCUGUGGGCAGUAUCCCCCAAACAGCGAAGGGCCCCUGCCCUGUCAUCCUCCCUCUGUCUGUCUUUCCCGGUCUCUGGCCCCAUCCUGCACACUCUCUGGCCACCCCAGGACCUCCCAGCUUUGGUAUUCUGCUCAGCCGCCCGGGCCCCCUGGGCACUCAGAAAUCACAUGUCCAGAUGGCCCAGGCCAGUGAGCCCCGAGCCCAGGGGACACCCCAGAGCAGAAGCUAAGACAGCAGCAACACCACGGGAACCUUGGCUUUGGGGCGCCGCCUUCCCCUGGCAGUUGCUGUGCA